AUGAGCUAUCCCGGUGCAGCUCCGCCUCCUGAAGGCGUUAUUCCUGACCUUGCUCACCCGCAAGAUGUCUUGAGGACUGUCAACUAUGUCACACAAGGGUUGACAAUCUUCUUUGUCUCCAUCUUUGUUGCCAUACGAUUCUAUGCGAAAACCAGAGUGCUGGGAGGCAGCUUUACACCAGACGACUCCGGUGCACACGGUGGAGGCCUGAACAUAUGGGAAGUGUCAACGGAAGAGGUUGAGAAAUACUUCCAGUCUUGCUAUGCCGCCACCAUCUUCUAUGCCCCGAUGGCCAUGACCGUCAAGCUGGCCCUGCUCGUCAUCAUCAUUCGAGUCUUUGGAUCCGUCCACCGGCGAACCCUGAUCGGAAUCUACAUCUUCAUUGGCAUGAUUGUCGCAUACUACGUCUCCGGCUUCUUCAUUAAAAUCUUCAUAUGUUGGCCGAUUUCAGCGUAUUGGACCGGUGACGCCAGCAAAUGCAUGAACCAGAGCGCCAUUGUCACGGCCGACUCCAUCAUCAGCGUCAUCAGCGAUUUGGCCAUCCUGCUGCUCCCGACACCCCUUACCUGGUCGCUCCAACUGCCUCGACGGAAGCGCCUUCGCGUUAGUGGACUGUUGUGUGCUGGAGGGGUUGCUACGGGGUUUAGCAUUUAUAGAUUGGCCAUGAUUGUUGACCAACGCAACUCUACUAAUAUGACUAUGGUGUUUAUCAAGGUUAUUCUGUCAGGAAACGCCGAAGUAGGCAUUGGCUUGAUAUGCGCCUGUCUCCCGGCCGUCAGCGCCCUCUACGUCCAACGCACACGCGGUUCUUCAUACUUCAAAAACCCUGGCCACUCCAGCGUCACCGGCCGCGGCGAAAUCAUGCUGACGCGAUCAUACCACGUCGACAGAUCAGCAGUGGACAAGGACGUGGACGAGAGCGCCCUCGAGCUGGGCCACGACGAGGCAGGACUCGUGUCCAACAUGGGGGCCCAGGUCAAGGCAAAUGCCCCAGAGAGCCAUCACUCCAACCGAUCCGAGGAGACGCUUUGA